CCCCCUUUUUAGAGACCGAGCGGUAGUGCGAGCUCGCCUCAGGCUUUCCGCUUUGCGGACGUGACGGGGUGACGGAGGACGCCCUACGUCGACGGAGCCUGCUCCGCCUCCACCGAGAGUGUGGGCCAGGCGCUGACUUGCUGGCGCCGCCCGAGGACGGUGCGGCAGAGCGAAGGGGAGCCGAGGCGUCUGCUGCGCCCUGAGUGCGAGGGCUGGGGGUUCCAUCGCGUGCGCGGACUCCCGGAAUUGGGUUCCAGAGACCUGACGGACACGCCCGAAGGAAGACACGCACUUUGGCGGAAAAGGGCGGUGCGACCGCCGUGGCGGGAGGUCUCCCUGAGGAGACGUUGAUGCGGUGGCACGCACUGGCAGAGACGAUGGUCACCGGGAGCUGAAGGGGAGCGGAACGGAGGAUGCUGGUGGUGGAGGUCGCUAAUGGCCGCUCGCUGGUGUGGGGAGCUGAGGCGGUGCAGGCGCUGCGGGAGCGCUUGGGAGUCGGGGGCCGCACGGUGGGAGCCCUGCCCCGCGGGCCCCGCCAGAACUCGCGCCUGGGCCUCCCGCUUCUGCUGUUGCCCGAAGAGGCCCGGCUCCUGGCCGAGAUAGGCGCCGUGACGCUGGUCAGCGCCCCGCGUCCGGAUCCCCGCAGCCAUGGCCUGGCCCUAGCAUCGUUCAAACGCCAGCAAGAGCAGAGUUUCCAGGAGCAGAGCACUUUGGCAGCCGAGGCCCGUGAGACCCGGCGUCAGGAGCUCCAAGAGAAGAUCGAAGAGGGCCAGGCCGCCAAGAAGCAGAAGCUGGAACAGGAUUCAGGGGCGGAAGAAGGCCAAGAAGCCGGUGGAAGCGAAGCUACCCAAGCGAGUGAGACAAGUGGUGAUGGGCAGGCUUCUGCGGAGCAGGAGGGAGCAGACUCUUCAUCUCCCCAACCAGGGCCUUCAAACGGGGUGACCCCCUUGCCCAGGUCAGCCCUGCUCAUCCAGCUGGCCACUGCCAGGCCUCGGCCUGUAAAGGCUAAGCCUCUGGACUGGCGUGUGCAGUCCAAAGACUGGCCCCACGCUGGCCGUCCUGCCCACGAGCUGCGCUACAGCAUCUACCGAGACCUGUGGGAGAGAGGCUUCUUCCUCAGCGCAGCUGGGAAGUUUGGUGGUGACUUCCUGGUCUAUCCUGGUGACCCGCUGCGUUUCCACGCUCACUACAUUGCUCAGUGCUGGGCGGCUGAAGACCCCAUCCCACUUCAGGACCUGGUCUCUGCUGGCCGCCUGGGAACCAGUGUCAGAAAGACCCUGCUUCUCUGCUCCCCUCAGCCUGAUGGGAAGGUGGUCUACACCUCCCUGCAGUGGGCCAGCCUGCAGUGAGCUGCAGGAGACCGAGGGAGGUGUGGUUGUGGGUCGCAAGAACCCUUCUGGAUGGUCACUCCAGCUUGUCUCCACAUGGAGGCUUGUGCCCUGCCUGGUUAGUUCUGAUUCCAGAGUUUUGAACACUACAUCCUUUCUAGUUUUUUUCUGUUUUAAGGCACUUAGUAGCAGUGUUGUUUUUUAUUUCUGUUUCCAUACUGUGAGCUUGUUCAGAGUUGAGACUGCUCUUACUUGGCUUUUUUGUUUUCUACAGGGCAGGUCUCAAUAAAUUUGUUGAAUAAAUGUUUGUAUUUUGAGUCCUUA